AUGUCGGGGCUUCCAUCCGACGAAGUCGCCGAGGACUACAAGAAUUCCCUGGAAGAUCUAACGACAAAUGACAAGUUUCAGAUCAGCAACUUGACGGUGAUAGCUAAGGAGAAUACAGAACAUGCCAUGGCAAUAUCUCGAGUCCUGGAGAACCACAUUCGAACAACACCGCCAGCUCAGAAACUACCAGCUCUGUACGUAGUCGACAGCGUUGUGAAAAAUGUAGGCACUCCCUACACACUUUUCUUGGGCCGGAAUCUCUACCAGACGUUCAUGAAUGCAUAUACUUUGGUCGAUCAGCAAACCCGGAGGAAGUUGGACGAGAUGCUCAAGACAUGGAAGGAGCCGGUGCCAGGUUCUCUAGACCCUCGGCCUGUUUUCCCAGUUGAGAUAACUCGAGGCAUUGAAAAUGCGCUUAUCAAGGCUAGGACUGCUGCGCUCCAGCAACAGCAGGACGUCCUCGCUCGAUCUCGUGGUUCGGCAACGCCUCCAACUUGGUCACAUACUCCCACGCCGCCGCAGAGCGUAGCGUCUCGAUAUCCUCCGACAGGCUCCCAGGCAGCUUAUGGUGUGAAUGGGCAUGGGCCGGAGGGAGAACGACGAUCACAUACGCCUCAAGAUGUUGACCUCAGUGCACUACAUCGUGAUAUAGAGAGUCUCAUCGGCAGUGCUCGAGCAGACUUUGCUAACAAUCCUUUUGAUAUCGCAGUCCAGCAACGCCUCAAGGCCUUGUUAGACCUCCAGAGCAUUCUGCAACGCCAGCAACUUCCUCCAGAUCAACUAAAACUCGUGAGAGACCAAGUAUCAGCUCUAGCGCCAGCAUCCACGUUCCCUCCUGCAAUUACAGCGACGCUACCGCCUCAACAAGCAGCAACACCCCAGCCAAAUCUAGCGACAUUGCUAAACCCGAACACGCUCGCGGGCUUACUUCAAGCAACAGCAAACCGCCAGCAACCUACUCCGCCGCCAGCGCUUGCUAGUAAUUUAUCCCAACUCCAGCCGUCCAGUACACCGCAGGCAGCAGCAGAAAAUCCUCUUAUUGCAUCGCUGAGGGCCCGGGGGCUCCUCCCUCCGGUGUCUGCUACUGGAACUCCGCCGGCGGCGACUCCGUUCAAUCUUCCUCUGAUUAUCCCGGGUCAGACUCCCCCGGUCUCGGUUCCUACGCCUCAGAAUGCUUCAGACAUUACAAUCAAUGUGCACUUGAGUACAGCUUCAAUCAAAAUUCCUCGGCCAGUCUUAAUAAACAGUCUCUAUGAUGCAAAGAGCAAUCGAUGCGGAACGUGUGGACGGCGGUUUUCCACUACCGAAGAAGGAAAGCAGAAGAAGGCUCGACAUUUAGACUGGCAUUUCCGCACAAACCAGCGCAUGACAGACGCUAUCAAGCGUGGUCAGAACCGGAGUUGGUAUGUGGACGAAAGGGACUGGAUCAAAUCAAGAGAAUACGACGACGACAGCGGCCUAACAAGCGCCGGGCCCGGGGCUAGUGCUGGCAAUGGCACAACAAGCGAAGAAGAAGCAGCCAAGAAGCAGCCACAGAAGCAAUGGAUUCGGGCACCAAACGAUGUGACGCUGCGCAAUUCGCCCUGCCCAAUCUGCCAAGAGAAGUUUGAGUCGACCUGGUCGGAGGAUGUGCAGGACUGGAUUUGGCAGGAUGCAAUCAAAGUCGGAAACCGGGUUUAUCAUGCCAGCUGUUAUGCAGAGGUUACCAAGGAUGGCCCUACUGUGCGAGGAGGGACGCCUGCGAUGCGUACGGGCACGCCGGACUCGGUGCUAGGGAAGCGAAAGGCCGAGGACACCGACUCGCCAGGUCAAAAGAUUCGCAUCAAAACGGAGCCAUCAUGA